AUGGCCAAACUCGGCGGCCGCCUGAUUCCAAACUCCAAGAUGCUCGUCACCAUGCCGAGUCAGCGCAAGCUGUUCACCAUCAUCCUUGGCGUGUGCGCCUUCAGUCUCAUCCUGCUGGUCGUCCACUCGCCCGCCACCCUCAACAAGCUACCCGUUCCUCACGCGCUCAAGCCCUCCCACGAUGACAAGGCACCAGAAAAUGAGCCCAAACCGAUAUACAAGUCGCCCCCAAAGUUCAAACCGCCUCCGAUCAAGGACAACUUCCCCCUCCUCUCGUCAGAAGGCAAGAACAAAACGCCCCCGAUCCCCUCCUGGAACGUGGCCCCCAAGGACCUCUGGACGCAAUACAACCUGCCCAUCGCGCCCCCCUUGCUCAUCGGCUUCACGCGCUCCUGGCCCAUGCUGCAGCAGACGGUAGUCAGCUACAUUACAGCCGGCUGGCCCGCCUCUCAGAUCUUCGUCGUCGAGAACACGGGCACUCAGCAAGCCAACGCACGCGGGCAGCUGUCCCUCCAAAACCCCUUCUACCUCAACCACACGGUCCUGAAGGACAUCUUGGGGGUGAACGUCAUCCAGACGCCCACGCUCCUCAACUUUGCGCAGCUCCAGAACUUCUUCCUCGCUCAGAGCUACGAGCACCAAUGGCCUUACUACUUCUGGUCGCACAUGGACGUGCUCGCCUUCGCGCACGAGGACGGAAACGAAAAGAACAACGCCAAGUGGAACGAGGAAGGAUACAAGUCGCUUUAUGCCAUGGCACUGACUGUGCUUAAAGACGCCCGGGACAACGAUCCGAGAUGGGGCAUCCGCUUCUUCGCGUACGAUCAUCUGGCACUCGUCAACCGGGAGGCGUACGAGGAUGUGGGAGGGUGGGAUACGCUGAUCCCGUACUAUAUCACCGACUGCGACAUGCACUCUCGCCUGACGAUGCGCGACUGGACCAUGAAGGACGCGAGAUGGAUCGGCCAGAUUUGGGACGUCAGUGUCGUGCUGGAUGAUCUGAGUGUUUUGUACAGGGUGGAUGGUCUGACGCCGUCCUUUACUGAUCCGAAUCCGCCGCCGCCUGCUGCCAAGAAGGGCUGGUGGAAGAAAGACGGAGAGGAGGAAGAGGUGAAGAAGAAGCAGAAGAGGCAGGAGGUUGUUGCUCCUAGGGGCAGCAGGGGCGUGAAGGAGGCCUUGAUGAUCAAGCGGGAGGAUGAGAAGCAGUCCCAGGAGCAGAUGAAGGAGGGGGAGCACAAGGAGGGGGAGCACAAGAUGGGUGAGCUAGAGAAGUGGAAAGCGCUCAUGGCGACUGCCGACAAAAUGUUCCACUACAAGCAUGACAGCGAGCGCGGCCGCAACACAUGGCAGCUGGGCCAGCAGGGUGGACAGGGAGAGCCGUUCUACUAUCCCGCAGAAGGAAUAGCGAGGGGCAUCGAGCUCCUCACCGAGACCGGCAAGGUAAUUUAUAGCGAGAAAUGGGGCCACAAGGACUGUGCACUGAUCACGAAAGCCCGCCUGAAAUUCGAUGAUCAGUGGAUGGUGAAGAAGGACUGGGGACCGUUUAGCAAAUAA